AGGAAUACCUGUAAAUCUCUGCUCCUAGCCUCCUUCGCAGCACCGUAUCAUCCACCUCACAUCACACGCUAAGCACAAAGCAAAACCAACACAAACCCUUAAACCCUCGAAAACCCCUCGCGCCUCCCUCUUUUCUCUGAGUCAGAAACAGAGAGAAAUGGCUUUGCGCUCAGGAUCGCUGUCUCGGUCGCUAAUCUCGACCGCCAGGGCUUCGUCGCUCCGCUCGUCGCGGCCUCUCCCCCGCACCCGCCUGCCGUCACUCGCCGCUCCGCGCGUGCAGUCCCGCCGCCGCCUCCCCUUCGCUGCUGUCCCCAGGAACUUGGGAGAAUUGGGAUGCACACAAUCAUUUCUGCCACUCACAUUGGCCACAGGCCUCACAUCUCACCUUGCUGCCAACGUGCGGGCUUUCUGUGAGCUGUCUCAUGGUUUUGCUUGGAGGGAAAUUUUGUGUCAAGGUUAUUCUUGUGGAUUCUCAUUCCAUCCCCAAUCAGCUUUCAUUUGGGGAACAAGUACUUGAAAGGGCUGUUGUAUCAGCACAUUUGAGUGCAAGAGUUAAUUUGCGGAGGUUGUAGGGAGUGGAUAUCUUGUAGGAACUUCAGCCAUCUAGUAGGAAAUUAAUAAGAUGUCAUUCAAGUUAUGCCAUUUCCAAGAAGAAACUUGGAGGUUUUUUAAAUCAUGGACAUCAACAAUUUACGUUGGUUCUGGCUAAUUAAAUAUUUUGUUUAAUAAUUUCUGUUACUGUUAGCUUUUGGAGUACCUGUUAUUAACAUUUGCCACGUGGUUUCUUUUCAAUGAAAAAUGAGUGGUUUUAUC